AUACAAGUAGUAUCAUGUAGAUAGCAAACGAAGACGGUGCGCAUACGCGUACGACAAGCAAUUUUUCAAUUCCGCGGUCGUAACAAACACCAUCCGGUCUUAUUCACGAAAUAAACUUAGUAUUUCAUUGUUUGAAAAUGGAUGUGGAAUCAGGAAAGGAUGAUUUGAGUGUUGAAGGGAAACUGGUCGUUUUCGUCGAUAUUGUGUGCAGGAUCCAACAAAAGACAUCAAAAAAAAUACAAUGGAUUAGAAGAAAGAAAGAUCCUCAACAGUACUCCUGCAUCUUGAACGAAGCAUGCGGCGCCGUACGCCCCGGCCGUCUUACAUUCAUCUUAGGGCCAUCAGGCGCAGGGAAAACUACUCUAUUGAAAAUAUUAGCCGGACGAAAAAAAACAGGCGUAACAGGCUAUUUGCACGGCGCAGGUCGCAACUCGGUGCUUGUAAGUCAGGAUGCGACCCUACUGGAUACGCUGACUGCAAAGGAGACGCUAUUGUUUGCUUCCAGACUCAAAUUGCCCAACGCUAGCAACCGCGAACGAUCACAUGCGAUAUCAACAAUAUCAUUACAGUUAGGUAUACACGAGGCCCUGAAUACUAGAGCUGGUAAUCUCUCUGGUGGUGAAAGAAAAAGACUUAACAUUGCUUGUGAAUUACUAGCUGAUCCCACUGUAUUACUACUGGAUGAACCUACCAGUGGCUUGGACUCGGUAUCAUCCAUGUCAGUGGCCAAGGCUCUCCUAGCCGUAGCACGCAGUGGUCGCACUGUAGCCUGUGUCAUCCAUCAACCAUCCUCGCAGUUGUUUACGUCGGCAGAUGACAUCAUUUUGCUGGCAAACGGCCGCACACUAUACGCUGGAUCUGUAACUAAUGUACCUGAGACGCUAGCCAAAGCCGGCUUCGUUUGUCCACAAUACUAUAAUAUGGCUGAUUACUUAUUAGAAAUAGCGAGCGGAGAAUGUACUGGCAAUUUAUCAUUGUUGGAAAAUGAAGCUAAAAAUUAUACUUAUGAAAUGAAAACAAUUGCUAAGAACGACGUUGAAGAAAAAACUGGAAAACUAACGAGUACGGAAGCUGAAGCUCUUCUAAAUUCAAAAAUAAAAACAUCACGCGAAUAUGCAGCGAGUGGAUGUCAACAAAUAAGAGCUCUUCUCUGGCGAUGCUACAUUGGAGCACUAAGAGAUGUACACCUAACUCAAAUCCGGUUGGCCUGCCACCUAGUAGUGGCGUUGAUGCUUGGCGCGCUAUACAACGGCGCCGGUGCAGAUGCUGCCCGUGUUAUGUCCAACACCGGAUGUCUAUUUUUCUUCCUUCUCUUCUUGUUCUUCUCCAACGCUAUGCCACCGAUACACACUUUUCCCGUGGAAGCGUCAGUUGUACUCCAAGAGCAUUUGAAUAAGUGGUAUUCUCUUACAACAUACUGCGUGUCCAAGGUCUUAGUCGAUUUGCCCGUACAGCUACUCUGCGCAACAGUAUUCGUGUUCCCGGCGUGGUAUCUAACAUCACAGCCGUUAGACGUGAACAGGAUGGCUCUUGCGUGGUUCAUAUGUGUCCUUCUGACCAUUUUGGCUCAAACAUUUGGUCUUGCAGUUGGAGCAGCUUGUGGCGUUAAGCUCGGUCUAUUCGUUAUCCCGGCAGCGAACAUACCAAUGUUAAUGUUCUCCGAAUUCUUUAUACCUUACCGGGAGAUACCGUACUACCUCCGACCUUUCGCGACCAUAUCAUACUUUCGAUACUCUUUCGACGCAUUUCUAGAAACGGUCUACGGAUUUCAACGUGCAAAGUUACCGUGUUUAACCGACACAUUCUGCAUGUUCAGAAAACCCGAGGACUAUCUGGAAUAUUUAGGUCUUUCAAGAGAUAUAAACAGAGAUAUAAUUGCUUUAGUUUUGUGGAUUGUUGUUGUACAAAUAGGUCUAAUCUCUGUUUUAGUGUUUAGAGUUUACAGGGCCUGUAGAUAGUCCAUGUUGUAAGUAGGUAUCUGUUUAUGUAAAAAAUACACAAUUCAAUCCGAAAGCUUAUCGAUAUUAGGUAAUGUGAUUUUGUUAUUAAGUACGAGAUCUAAAUAUAUUACAAAUAUCUCAUAUUAUUAUUAUUAUUAUAUUGUAGGAUAAGGUUUAAUAUGAGGAUCUAUAAUAUUCAUGUAAACAAACUAAUCUUAAUCUACUAUUUUUCUUGUAAUAAUAACUAUGGGGUCGAUGCUGAGACGCCAUUUCUCUAAAGGUACCUACCUAUCUCUAAAAUAAUUUGAUAUGACUGCGAAAUCUUCAUUCUAAGGACUAUAAAUAAUAUAAAUAGAUAUAAUAUAAACUAAAUUUCUUAUAGGUUUAAGUCAAAAUUAAUAUAAAUUUGAUUUUAUAAUGGUCCAUAAAAUAAUGAUUUCGCGAAACUAUCAAAUUAAAGUAUUUUGUUAAUAGAUAACAAUGGAAUGGUAACCCCGCUCCGGAUAACAAUAUAUAUUGACGGAACACCAGUAAGGGAUGAUAGGUGGGGAUGAAAACAGGGCAGUUAGCCCAUCGAGAUGAAUACAACUAGAAUUUAGUGCGAUGGUUUCCAAGGGGGACCACGUGAGAAUCGACUUGAAAUAUAUUAUAAAAACGGCGUUUCAGAAUCGAUCCUAAUGAUUGCAUGCAAAUGAGUUUCAUUGACAACGAAUUUUACAAUAUUUUGAUUCCCAACAUGCACCUUACAAAUUUAUUUUCAAAAAUGCUGUAACAUGGAUGUAACAUGCUCUUAACUAUGUACCUACCAGAUUCCAAACUAAAACUCUAUCAUAUAGUUUUAUAUUAGAGAUCUAAAUUAAUUUAGAAAAUGAAAAAGUAACAAACUAAGUAUUGAAGCAUUAAUAUAUUUUUUUUUAUUGUUUGUCUCGUAUGCAUGAAGAGUAGUUCAAAAUAAAACUGACAUAAUAAAACUACU